AUGACUCAAAUCAAAGUCCCUCCAACCUCUACCACAACCCUGAAGCGGUUCCCUCAUAUCCAUGAUGACCCUGCUACCCUUCCCCGGUCCUUGGACCCCUUCACCAUCACCACCUCCACUGGCUUUCUACCCUACUGCACCUCUCCUACUACGCUGCCCGACGCCUUCAAGCCCUUGAUGGACUUGCUGGAUCGUAUGCCUGUCCUCAGGCAGGAUGGCAGUCCCGGUCUGCUGGCCAAGUAUGAACUGGGCCCUGCUGUGGAGACUGAACUUCCUGACCUGACUGACGAGGUCGACAAGCUCGUCACUGCCGAUGGCUCCCGGGACCUCUACAUGGUCACCGCAGUGUUCCGAGACUACUCUUUUCUUGCUUCGGCCUAUCUGCUUGAGCCAUGCUGGGAGAACUGGUGCAAGGCCCCGGAGGACGGCUAUGGGUUGGGACGGGACAAGCUGCCCAAGGCUGUUGCCCGUCCCAUGUACCACUGCGCUCAGUUGUUGGACAUCCCUCCAUUCAUGUCCUAUGCUGCCGCUUAUUCGCUCUUCAACUACCAUCUUGCGGACCCAUCUAAGGGCUUGGUGUAUGACAACCUCCGCCUGGUGAGAGCUUUUGAGCGCGGCCUGGACCCCAAGAGCUCCGAGGCAGGCUUUAUCCUGACCCAUGUCGACAUGGUCAAGGAAUCCAAUGGCCUGAUCAGUGGCGCCCUCAAGGUCGUCGAUACCCUUGAGCAAGGUGGCCCUCGCUCCGUGGUCAACGACGGCUUCCGAGAGAUUCUCACGUCGAUGGAGAAGAUUGAAGCCUCCAUGGAGGACAUGUGGGCCAACUCCAAGCCAGCCGAAUACCUCUCCUUCCGCGUCUUCAUCUUCGGCAUCACCUCCCAAUCCAUGUUCCCCAACGGCGUCAUCUAUGACGGCGUUCUAGACAACAAGCCCCUCUACUUCCGAGGAGAAAGUGGCGCCAACGACAGCAUGAUCCCCCUCCUCGACCACCUCCUCCAAAUCCCCAUGCCCUCAACCCCCCUCACCAAGAUCCUGUACGAGUUCCGCGCCUACAGACCCCUCCCCCACCGUGAAUUCCUCGCCUACAUCAACUCCAAGGCCGCCGAAGUCGACGUCCGCAAUUUCGCCGUCCAGGAUACAGAAACCACGGUCCUGCUCCUCAAGACGCUGAACCACGUCCGUAGCUUCCGCUGGCGUCACUGGCUGUUUGCUAGGGAGUAUAUCAUCAAGCGGACGCCGCAUCCCACUGCUACGGGUGGUAGUCCCAUCGUCACGUGGCUUCCGAACCAGCUGUCUGCGGUGAUGGAUUUGAUGGUUUCGAUCUACGAUACUUAUCUGGCGCCACAGAAGGCGGCGGGAGUCGUUUCGAAUGGGCAUCUUGCGUACGAUGCGACGGUGCAGAAGCAGGUGGAGCCUAUGAUGGAAAUGGUGCGCGAUCAGAGGGAGAAAUUGGCGAGAGAGGUCGAGAGGUGGUGCAAGGAGCGGGGUGUUUAA